AAUAUUUCGGAGAUUGCUUAAAUGAAUCGAAAAGCGGGCCCCACUUGCCAAGCCUAGUCUUCGUUUCUUCCCUCUCUCAGAUCUAAUAAACAGCCUGACAAUUUCACAUUUUAAUCCCUAACCAAACCUCAACGCCUUCACUCCUACAGUUGGCCAGAGGAAACGUGGUACUGUUGCCUCUCUCCCUCUCUCUGUUGUCGUUAGAUUUUCAGGCGAGAUGGGUUUGGUGGGCGUCCAAGAAAAUGGGGGUUCGGAAAUGGGAUUGAGUUUGGGAACCAAAAACAAAUACAGAAGAAUGGAUUCGCAGCCGACACAAGAUGAUGAUUGCGAUUCUUCAGAUCAGACGGAGGAGAGGAAAAAGACGACUAGGAAAUAUGUCUUUGCCUGCUCUGUUUUUGCAUCUCUCAACAGCGUUCUCCUCGGAUAUGAUGUGGGGGUAAUGAGCGGUGCCGUCCUCUUCAUCAAAGAAGACCUCAAAAUAACAGAAGUCCAGGUCGAGAUCCUGAUCGGCAUCCUGAGCGUGAUGUCCCUAGUGGGAAGCCUCGUUGGCGGCCGCACAUCAGACGCGGUUGGACGCAAGUGGACAAUCGGCCUCGCCGCCAUCACCUUCCAAACGGGUGCCGCCAUUAUGGCAUUCGCCCCUUCCUUCACAAUCCUCAUGCUCGGCCGAAUCCUCGCCGGCAUCGGCAUCGGCUUCGGCGUCAUGAUAGCCCCAAUCUACAUCGCCGAGAUCUCCCCAACCGUUGCCCGCGGCUCCCUCACCUCCUUCCCUGAAAUCUUCAUCAAUUUCGGCAUCCUCCUCGGCUACGUCUCUAACUACGCUCUCUCCGGCCUCUCUCCGCACAUCAGCUGGCGCGUCAUGCUCGCGGUCGGCAUCCUUCCUUCCGUCUUCAUCGCCUUCGCCCUAUGCAUAAUCCCCGAGUCCCCUAGAUGGCUCGUGAUGCAGGGCCGCGUGGACGAGGCCCGAAUCGUCCUCCACAAGACGAACGAGAGCGAAUCGGAAGUCGAGGAAAGACUCGCUGAGAUCCUACUCGCCGCCGCCGUUCCAGAGACGGAAUCGAAAUCCGCCGUGUGGAAGGAUUUGACGAAUCCGUCGCCGGCGCUCGGGCGGAUGCUGAUCGCCGGCUGCGGAAUCCAGUGCUUCCAACAAAUCACGGGGAUCGAUUCGAUCGUGUACUACAGCCCGGAGAUUCUCGCGGCCGCCGGCAUGGAGGACAAGUCGAAGCUCCUCGCCGCCACGGUGGCGGUCGGGAUCUCGAAAACCGUGUUCAUACUCAUCGCGAUUCUUCUCAUCGAUAAAGUCGGGAGGAAGCCUCUAUUGUACGUGAGCACGUUCGGGAUGACGCUCUGCCUGUUCGCGCUCGGCGCGACGCUCUCGUUCGCGGGGACCGGGUCGGCGACUAGUGUCGGAAUGACGAUUCUGUCCCUGUGUGGGAACGUGGCGUUCUUCUCGGUGGGCGUGGGGCCCAUCUGCUGGGUGCUGACGUCGGAGAUAUUUCCGCUGAGAGUGCGGGCGCAGGCGUCGGCGCUGGGGGCGGUGGGGAACCGAGUGUGCAGUGGGUUGGUGGCGAUGUCGUUUCUGUCGGUGGCGGACGGGAUCAGCAUGGGGGGGACGUUUUUCGUGUUCGCGGCGAUAUCGGGACUUGCGGUGGCUUUCGUGUACAAAUGUGUUCCCGAGACUAAAGGGAAGUCGCUGGAGCAGAUCGAGAUGCUGUUUCAGGAUGGGUACAACAACAAGAGUGAAGUUGAGCUCGGGGAUGCCGAGCAUUUGGUGCGCAAACAGUCUGAAGCUCCUGGUGUUUGAAUGUUUUCUCACCACCUCAUUUUUUCCACUACAGAUAUGCUUCUCAUGAUAAAAUCCGGGUCUGCUGCUCAACUAUCUGUAUAGUUUAUUCUUUUGUGGGCUUAUUAUACUUUCUAGUGUACUCUAUAUAGAGUUAAUGAGUUGAUUGAUUAGGGUUGUGGGCUUCUACGCCCUCUUAUACGAAUGCUGAAGCAUUACCCAUUCAAGGAGGAAUAAUGUAUUUCUGCUGCUGGUUUCAUCUUUUUGUUUACAGAAGGGAGUAGAUCAUUUCAUUAUGAUGAUGUGUGACUUCAUUGGACAAGUGAUUAAAGUGGAUCCAAAAUUUUCACUUCUUCUUUGAUAAUUAAAUAAUUAGGUUUACUUGAAAAUCACACCAUUUAUUC